GUGUGUGUGUGUUAGCAGCGGUGGGCGGGGUUUCGCGCUCACACUAAAUAUUCAAAAUGGCGGACAGAGGAUCAACGACUCAAGAUGAGCGCUCGACUGCAGAUUCCAGCAGCCAUCCAGCAGAUCUGAGCAAAGGCAGCAUGGAGAACGGAGCGCAUGGAGCAGCUCAGGCCAACGGUCUGGAUGGCCACAAACCGAGCGGUCAAGCAGCGGUCAGCAGCGUUCAGACACAAGCGCUGCUCCAGCAGCUGUUGCAGACGCAGACGCAGCUCCUGGCCGCAGGUCAACAGAACAGCACCACUGGAGCCAGUAUCUCCGCCUCCGCGGCCACGCCCAUCACACUGUCCCAGCCCAUUCAGAUCGCGUCUCCGCAGGGCUUGAACCUGCAGCAGUUCGUUCUGGUCCAGCCGGGUCACUCCCUCAGUCCUCAGUUUCAGCCACAGUUCAUCAUAUCUCCGUCUCCUCAGGGUCAGACCGGUCUCCUGCAAGCUCAGAGUCUCCUGACGCAUCUACCUCAAAGCCCCGCGCAGAGCAGCUUCGCCCUCACCGCGCAGGCGGCCACACCGACGCGGAAGAUCGCGGCUAUGCCGGCUCCAGCGGCCGCUCCGAAGCGCAUCGACGCUAUGUGUGUGGAGGAGGCCAGCGACCUCGAGGAGCUCGAGCUGUUUGCCAAGAGCUUCAAGCAGAGACGCAUCAAGCUGGGCUUCACUCAGGGUGAUGUGGGGCUGGCGAUGGGGAAACUCUACGGAAACGACUUCAGUCAGACCACCAUCUCCAGAUUCGAGGCCUUGAACCUGAGCUUCAAGAACAUGUGCAAACUCAAACCUCUGCUGGAGAAAUGGCUGAACGACGCAGAGCACAUGUCUGCAGACUGCGUGGUGUCGAGUGCGAGCGAGAUGUCUCCGGGUCUCUGUGAGAGUCUGAACCGCCGGCGCAAGAAGCGCACCAGCAUCGAGACCAGCAUCCGUCUGGCCUUAGAGAAGAGCUUCCUGGAGCAGAGUCCGAAGCCGUCGUCGGAGGAGAUCACACUGAUCGCGGAUCAGCUGCACAUGGAGAAGGAGGUGGUGCGCGUCUGGUUCUGUAACCGCAGACAGAAGGAGAAGCGGAUCAAUCCUCCCAGCAGCGGCGGCUCGCCCGGAUCGGCCCUCAGAACCAUCUACAGCAGCGCCUCGGCCGCGGUGUCCAGCGGCACGAGCACACUGACGGUCAGUCCUGUGGUUUCUCUGAGCAGCGGCAGCAUCUCUAACCUGACGUUCAGCGGCGGAGCUCUGGGUCAGGUGAUGUCGAACACGCCCUCCGUCAUCUCCAUGGCGCCCGCUGUGGCCACGCCCGCUCCGAUCAUGACAUCACCCUCGCUCAGCCCAUCCGCCACCGCUUUCAAACAGGAAGUGGCCUCCGCGGCGCAGGCGGUUUCCACGGCGACGACGGUCACGCAGGGGGCGGGGCAGCUGCUGGUGACGGGCCCAGGACUGGGCGGAGCUAAUCUGACGGCCUUCGCGGGUUUGAACCCGGCGAUCAUAACUCCGUCGCAGCUGACGCAAGGCGGGGCGCUGCUGAGUUUGGCUCCUGCGCUGAUGAACAACAACCUGCUGGCCACCAUCCAGGCUCUGGCGUCUGGCGGCGCUGUUCCUCUGACCUCCAUCGACGGAAACCUGCUAUUCGCCAACACUAGCGCGGGAAACCCCGCCCCCAGCCUGGUGACCACGCCCCUCUUCCUCAACCCAUCCAGCUUCUCUCUGCUGCCGGCCAAUCUGCUGUCGGCGGGCGGGGCCGGAGGCGGAGCUCUCAACCUGCAGCUGACCAGUGACGUCGCCACGACGACCAAGAGUGUGGGUGUGGCCUCGAAGGCGCAGUGAGCGUGUGGCUCCACCCCAAUUCUGUGCUAUCACCAAAAACUCUUGCGAACAAUCGUCAAGCUCAAGGAGGAUGGAACUUAAUCAGUUUCUUAAACUAACGUCUAAAUUAACCAAAAAUGUGACUCUUUCAGAUUCUUGACGAGAGAUUGUUUCGCGUAACAGAGUUUCUAUUGACUUUCUACGAGGCUUUCUGUUGUUUUUAUUCGCGGCUCUGUGGAACGAGCCGAUUGUAGAUGAUUUCUAACCAAAAGCAUUUCAGAUCUUUUUCGUUGUGUUGGGUGGAGGUUCUUUCAGAAGACUUUUUAAACUAGUACUCGAACUCGACAUCACUUUAUCAAUACGGUUAGAAGGCUUUAAACGAGUACUAACGGGUUCCGGCGAGAGAUGCAAGCCAACUCUGAGUGAACUGAUUCUGAAUCGAGUUCGUUCAACUGAAUUGAUUUAACCUGUGUGAUUCGGUCACGUCUGUCUGUCCUAUCAGAUGUGUUCCUGGCGAUCUGACGGAGCAGGGGUCAGAGGUCAGGAAUCCUCCAGCACUGAUGCUCAAGGAUCUUCAUCUGAAGACUCUGCUCAUACUACUGUGUACAGACACGCUUCAGCAUCAUUUCUGUUUCUUUGCCAAAGCAAACGUCUUUUUUUAACUCCUUUCACUGAUGGCGUCUCAUUGUUUUUAUAUGAAAAUAUCAGCAGUUUCUGUUCUUUGCUCUGCUUACAUUUUUACAUCUCUCGCUGUAUGGUUUAUUAUAUUGCGUUUAUCAGUGAUUGCGUGCGAGCAGCUUCAGGUUCAUCUUUAUUAUUUUCUGCAGGAUUGAAAACCAAAGAUUCAUCAGCGUUUUUUGUGCAGCCCUCCGUUUCUCCUCUUUAGUCAGAAAACACACUAUAUUCCAGGAGUAUAUAGAAAUAUAUGAAAAAACAUAGAUUUAUUUUGUGGCUCCCAAAGCAGAAAUCCUCUUAAGGAUAAAAACCAAAGAUUUCUCACUUUCUCUUUGCCUUUCCUUUAUUUGUCUUUUUAUGUGUAGUUAAUUUGAAAUCAUGAACUCAUUCUAGUCUUUAUGAUCCAGAGGUUAGAUGAUUGAUUCUCUGCUGGAAUAAGAAUUGAGAUAAGACGUCUCAGAGAGAGAGAGAGUGUGUGUGCCUGUGCGUGCGUGAGUGUGUGUGUGUGUGAGAGAGAGAGAGU